CGAUGAUGGCAUCUGUGAAUAUCACCAAUAGGUGUAUCGUACCGCACUCCCGGCGGCGUAACUCACUUCCGGCGAGCAUAUUCGCCCGCUCAGUCCCCCGCGCUCCGCGAGCGUUCCUUGUCACCGCUUCAGGAUUAUCUCUCAUUGCCGCGGGCUCAAAUAUUCCGCAUCCUGACAAGGUACUGAAAGGCGGGGAGGAUGCUUGGUUCGUGCACAUAGAUCAAAACGGCGGGGGGCAAAUUUAUCUCGCCGAUGGCGUCGGCGGCUUCAACGAACAAGGAAUAGACCCUGGCCUGUAUGCUCGAGUGCUAACUUAUGAAGCUGCCAAGGCUCAUGCAGAGCACGCAAUGAACCCACUCGCGAGUCCAAAUCCAAAGAAGCUGAUUCAGAUCGCACAGGAGAACACGAAACUUCCGGGUGCUUCCACGAUGAUCAUAAUCGAGCUAUUCGGAACCCAGAUCAGAGCUGCAAAUCUCGGGGAUAGCGGAUUCCGAGUUAUCCGCAACGGUAACGUUGUGUUUGCCUCUCCACCGCAGGAACACUACUUCAAUUGUCCGUUUCAGCUUGGAUACGAACCUCUUAGCGACGAUAUAGAUAUGGCAAUAGAUGCUGACGAAUUUGAGGUUCCCGUGCAGACAGGCGAUCUCGUGAUAGUCGGUUCAGACGGGUUGUUCGACAACAUGUUUGACAAUGAUAUUGAGCUUGUAGUGAAUGACGCACUUGCCAAAGUAGCAGGCACCGGUGCACUUUCGGCUGCUCGAGCUGUUUCCGACGCACUUGCAGUCGAAGCACGAAAAAAUGCAGAGGAUCCGUUGUUCGAGUCCCCAUUUGCCCUCGAGGCGAUCAGGGAGAAUGCCGUUGGCACGACAACAUUGGCAAAACGGAGCGGCCCUCUUGGGGCAUUUAAUGCAUUGGCAACGAGUAUAGCUUCAGCAAUAUCAGGUAAGAGGCUCGGCGGCAAGAUGGAUGACAUCACUGUCGUGGUCGGCGCGGUCGUGGCAACUGCCGCGGCCAAGGAAGACAUCGCAGAGGCUGCACAUGUUAGUAAGCAGAUGCAGAAAGAAGCUGACAUAGUCAGGAAACGUGCGAGCGGUGAGGAGGCUAAAACAUUGCGGUCGGUAAACCUUCGUCAAGAAAUGGACCUCGCUCUCAGCCAACAAAUAAUGCGAGAAGAAGCUGCCCUCAAAGUAGAAGCAGCCAAACCUCCUGAAUUCUCGCGGGCGUCAAUCGAGAAGAUGGAUGCGCCGACAGUACGUAAACUACUGGAGGAGCGAGGUUUACCCACAAGUGGCAAGAUUGAGAGGCUUCGGGAACGCCUGAGCCAAGUCAAGGCAAAAUGAUCCACGCGUAAUGUUGCCGGCUCGGCUGAUAUUGCGCGAGAUCAGCGAGUUGCGGUGCAUAUUCUCCCUUUUAACCUUUCAUUUAACUUAAAGGAUAAACUCAU